AUGUCAGAAAAGAGGCGCGCGUCUAGCGACGCGGGCUCAUCGCAGCUGGUGGUCAAGAGGCCGAAUCUGGGAUCUGGCGCAUUGACAAGGGCCAAUGCCACGUCGAGCUUGGUGCAGGCGGCGCCGAGGACGAGCGGGCUCCAGGCUCCGGUGAUGGAAUUGACCGGCCAUUCGGGCGAGAUCUUUGCGGCGAAAUUCGACCCUUCCGGUAACCUGAUCGCGUCGGGGUCCAUGGACAGGAGCAUCAUGCUCUGGCGAACGUACGGCGACUGCGAAAACUAUGGCAUCCUCAACGGCCACCGAGGCGCGGUGCUGGACCUACAAUGGUCGCGCGACUCCGAUAUUCUCUUUUCCGCUUCGGCAGAUAUGCACCUGGCCAGCUGGGACCUCACAUCCGGCACGAGGAUACGGCGGUACGUAGGGCACGAGGAGAUCGUCAACACAAUGGAUAUCAGCAAGCGUGGAGAGGAGAUGCUUUUCAGUGGAAGCGACGACGGCACAAUCGGCAUCUGGGACCCCAGGACGAAGAAGGCGGCCGACUACAUCGAGACCGACUUCCCCAUCACGGCGGUCGCCAUCUCCGAGGCGGGCAACGAGAUCUACUCUGGCGGGAUUGACAAUGACAUCAAGGUGUGGGACGUGCGGAAGAAGGCCGUCGUUUACUCGAUGCUCGGCCAUCAGGACACCAUCACCAGUCUGCGGGUGUCGCCCGACUCGCAGUCUCUGCUCUCGUACUCUAUGGAUUCUACUGCCCGGACGUGGGACAUCCGGCCGUUUGCGCCUACCGAGAGGCAUAUCAGGACCUUUGACGGUGCUACUUUUGGGUUUGAGAAGAACCUGAUUCGCGGCAGCUGGGACUCGGAGGGAAAGAAGAUUGCUGUCGGUGGAGGCGACGGUACGGUUGUCGUGUGGUCCAACGACACGGGCAAGCUGCUGUACAAGCUGCCUGGCCACAAGGGCACAGUCAACGUCGCCGAGUUUGCGCCCGGUGCUGAGCCGAUUAUUCUUUCCGCGUCGUCAGAUCGGAACAUGCUCCUGGGCGAGCUGAAAUGA